AUGCCUAUCAAGACACAAACCAACAUUAAGGAAGAUAGCCAACGAAAGCGGAGGGUCCAUAAAAAGUCGCGAGAGGGUUGUCGGAAUUGCAAGCUGCGGAGAGUUAAGUGUGACGAGACAAGACCGCAUUGUUUGAAGUGUAAAGAUUAUGGAUAUGCAUGUAAUUAUGACUCUAAAACACCAGAUCUGGAAUUGAUAUAUUCCAAAACUUCUCAAUCGCAAAUUGAACCUGGACAAUCCUCAUGGUCUAUCAAUUCUACAUCAUCUCGACAGAUGACCAGUAUCCCUACCACCUUAGAACCAUUCUGCGUUAUCGGCGAUGACAUCUCAUUAUUUGAACUCGAUAGACAGAAUCUCCAUCGACUAGAUCGCUUUCGUUAUCGAACCGUCAUCACUCUUGGAACACCCACUGCCGCAGGAAUAUUCCACGAAUUCGCCAUCUCAAUGGCCUAUGAUCACCCCUUCCUAAUGCACGCACUCCAAACCCUGACUGCCUGCCACGACCGCUAUCUAACCCACCACCACGCACCAUCAUCGCGACGCACAUCCACAGAAGCCUACCACCUAUCCCGAGCCGCUUCCCUCUUCAACCAAAAACUCUGCGCGCCAAUCGCAAACCACGAUAAAGAUGCCUUGUGGGCCACCGCAGCCCUCCUCGGAAUCGUAGCCGUCUCAUCAAUCGAAGCAUCCUCCCCCUCCGAAGCAUGGCCUCUCACCUCAUCCGCAGAAACCGAUACCGAUCUCGACUGGCUACGCAUGAGCGAAUCGAAAACCGUCAUAUUCGAACUCACAAACCCUAUGCGCAAAGAAAGCAUAUUUCACAUCCUAUCCAUCGAAUACAACAACGCGCACUACAAACGCGAUGGGAAUCUCGAUUUCUCAUCUCUCCCGAUCCAUUUUAUCAAACUCUUUGAUUUACACGAGCAUUCGACCGUGCUUAAUAAUCCCUAUUAUCUCACCCUCAUAUCUCUCCAGCGUAUCCUCAAUAUCGAAUGUAAUCGCUCAGCCAUGUUAUCUUUUCUCGGGGUUUUAACUAGUAUGUCACCUGAAUACAAAAUUCUUCUGAAGAUGAAAGAUCCCAAAGCUUUGCUUCUACUUUCGUAUUGGUAUGCGAAAGUCUGGAGAAUGGUAUGGUGGGUAGAACGUAGAGCGGUUUUGGAAUGUCAGGCGAUUUGUAUCUAUUUGGAUAGAUAUCACGGCGACGAUUUGUUGAUUCGGGAAUUAAUGUUGUUCCCAAAGCGAGAGUGUGGUUUACUUGGUUAG